AUGGCUGGCGUCAAAGCUCACGAACUCCGUAACAAGAACAAGGCCGAGCUCUUGAAGGUUCUCGAUGAGCAGAAGCAGGAACUUGCUUCUCUCCGUGUCCAGAAGGUUGCUGGUGGCUCUGCUUCCAAGCUCCAGGCCAUCGGCCAGGCACGCAAGAACGUUGCCCGCACCUUGACCGUCAUCAACCAGACCCAGCGCGACCAGCUCCGUCUUUUCUACCAGAAGAAGAAGUUGAUCCCCAUCGACCUCCGUGUCAAGAAGACUCGUGCUCUCCGCAGAGCCUUGACUCCUUAUGAGCGUAGCCUCAAGACUGUCAAGUACCAGAAGAAGCAGGCUCAUUUCCCCAUGCGCAAGUAUGCUGUCAAGGCCUAA